AUGUCUUCGGACUACAUGCCCGCCAUGACGGCGCCCUCUCCCCAGCCUGAGAAGAGAAUGCAGAUGAACGGCACAAUGGGUCUUAUCUUUAUAAAGAAGCCCGACGGGCUCUACGUGUGGCUACACCAGCGAAGGAAGAAAACAACGACGUUAGUGGAUGGCAAAGUCACUAAAGUGUAUGGCGGAGAGCACAGCUUUGCCGGCCCGGGCGGCGGCGCGGAGCUCGGCGAGACACCUGAGCACAGUAUCCUCCGCGAGGUUGCUGAAGAGUACUUAGUUGACCCCGAGAUUAUUCCUAUUGACAACCGUAACGUACUCGCCGAAACAGACGAUCGCAUGGCUGACGGCAGCUUCUGGCGCUGUCACUUUUAUCUCCUUAACCAGCGCAACCGUAAACAGCGGCCACAGAUUGCCGAGUCGGAGAAGGAGAAGGCUACCCACGUGGAACAGUUCAAGUGGUCGGAAAUAUUCCGUGCUAUCGAAGCGGCGGCCCCGGAUGGCGAGACGGACCGCAUUAAGACUACAAUUGAGGGGAAAGAUGGGCAGCGGGACGUGUAUUUUUUUGCUUCCCUCAUAAACCUUGUCCGCGAGCGUCCGGACCUUAAGGAUGAGAGACGCAUCCUGGACGCGUACGAAAAGGCCGGCGCGCCCCUGGAGCCUCUGGAGGAGUGA